AUUGGCAAUGCACUUAUUAAGACCCCCAAGACUCGGAGUUCAUUUGUUUAUCUUCCGGUGAGAGACAGAGAUAUUGAGGGAAAGAGAAGCUUUGUGGAGGGAACGAUGAUUCCAGACCAAUGGACGUCUCCUUGCGGAAAUCAGUGCACCAAGAAAUACGCAGCUAUGCAGAUUGCAUGGAGAGUAUUUUGCAAAAAAGGGUGCUAUGCUGAUGGAGAGACAUGGGAGGAAUGCUUGGAGGAGUGCAAUGAGAUAUGCUAUAAGGACCCCGUAUUCAAGGACCAGCAGUGGAGUGCUUACAUUGAUCGUUCUCCUGGAUCUCCCUCUCACUCCAAGGAAUGCUUUAAUGCUUGUGUAUCUGGCUGUGGUUUCAAGAGCUCUGCCUUUUGGUGAGAAGCAAAGAAAAAACUUAUGUACUUCAUGAGAAAGAAAGUCCUUGAGCUUGCUUGUUACUGGCAUUGCUUUAUGUUUAUGGUUAAAUGAUAAUUAUGAAAGGCUUUUUUAGUACUUUUAAUAACCCUUGAAGCGUUGCAUUUCCUACUCAAUGAUCUAGUGCUUUUUCUGUGGACAGGAAACCAUUUACAUAUGCUAUGUUCAUAGUUAAUAGGUUUCUAACCAUUUUUUGUGUUGCUUUAACUGUCUUACUUUCUUUAUGCUCUGUGAGUUAAAGAAACAGGGGUUGGGGUUGUUCCCAUGUUUACUACAAUAAUUUUUUGUUGUCAAGGUAUGAGGCAAACUGCUGUUCAUUUCCAAACAGGCACUGAACAACUAUUCUUCUAAUCUUCAGACUGUAAUAAGAUAAUGUUUUGGCGCUUGAUGUGGAUAAUCUCUAUACAUAUCUAUUUCUAACAUUUGAUAUGACAAUUCUGCUGCAUCCUUCCCCUUCCAGCCAUACCCAAAAAAAAGGUGAAAAAUGGUUACUAUAGAAAAAAGUCAAUAAUUUGACAUUGUUACAUGCUCACUACAAUUUUUACUGCCACAUUAUCUCCAUGAUUGUGAAGCUCAUGGUAUUGGGUCAUGUAUGUUGCUGAUGAGGACAGUAUCUGUCUUCUGGGCUUAUGGACAUUAUUGGAGAAUUAUCCAUCGUCUCCCAGUGCAGUUAGUGUGCAACUAUAUUACAUUCCAUUGGAUUAGAUGAAUAAUAUCUUCAGUUCCAUAAUGUUUUUCCAAGUAAUUGUUCUCCAAGCUUUUGCCUGUGUUGUAUCUUUGUUUCAUUGCAGUUUGAAAUUAGCCCAGAGGAAGUUGCUAAAGUUCGGUCAAAGAGGUUACCUGAGCCUCUCACUGUUCAAGAACCACCACCGUCGACACCAAUGCCAAUGCCAACACCAACUGACGGACCCUGUGCAACAACCGAAGAUGUACCUUGCACAUCUGCAUAGCGAGAGUAUUCUAGGCAACAAGGCUUGUAUAUCAAAAAUCUGCAUAGUGAGAGUAGUUGUCUGCUAAAACAUUUUGCAGGCAGACGAAAUGCUGCAACAUACAUGCUGCUUAGGAUCAGUUCAGUUGUAGGCCAUUUUUUUGUCGGCAGAAGAUUUUGUUCUUAUGUCCACCUCUUGCGUCUUCCGAGCUUCCUCUGGCCUGAGGUGUGACCUAAUAUCCAGUUUUCUGGAGUUUUGAGACUAUACCUUAGUCAUUUUUCUGGAGCUUCCUCUGGUCAGUUUUCUGGAUUACUGACCCCCAAUUUUUUGCUCCAUAAAAGAUAUGAUGGUGCAAAAGAAUCGGUCUAAAAAUCCUUUACAAGAUACCUAAAACCAUACAGGGACUAAUUGUUCUUCUUCGGUGGUUAUGGGAAUUUUUUUAGGAAAUUUUGUA